AUGCUUUCGUACGGAGAGUGUCAAAAAAUAUUGGAAAAUGCACAAGGAAGUGCCGUUAGAGUCAAGCUGUUGGACUACCGCUUGGUCAGGGAUCUCAGUGCGAUCGGUUACCUGGGGGAUUACUACGCACUGACGCUAAGAUAUUGCCAUGAGGAAGAAGAAAUCAUUAGGGAAAUUGAAUUCUUUGUAAAGGCUAUGCCCCAGCAAAGUGCGGAAUUGGCCAAAGAAAGUAUUUUCCAAAAGGAGUCCUGGCUCUACGACACUCUCAUAAAAAAACUGCAAGCUCUUUCCAACGUAAAGUGGAGUCCAGAUUGCGUUUACAGCCGAAAAGACCUAAUGGUACUCGAGAACAUUAAGCUAAAGGGUUUCACAGCAGCUGGAUCCGCAGAACUUAAUGAAAAGUUCAUGAAACCAUUAAUUAAAUCAGUUGCCGCAUUUCAUUCUGCCAGCUUGGUCUACGAGCAUCAGACAAAAACCAAUAUAGGUCACACCUACGGUGAUAACUUGUUAGAGAUCACCGUAGACUCUGAAAUUGCCUGGUUCACUACAGGACUCUCGGCUGUUCUAGCUGUAGUUCGAAGUCUUGACAAGUAUCAGGGAAAUAGGGAGCAAUCUUUCAUCGAUGACAAACUUAUGGGCAUAAUGGGGAGAAUCUACGAGCAAGCGGCACCUUCGAAAAAAUACAGGAAUGUCCUGUGCCAUCGAGAUCUUUGGGCUGGUAACAUUUUCUUUCCCCCGGAAAAUUCUGGGCCGGCUUUACUGAUUGAUUUUCAGACUUGCCGUUACGCUCCCCCAGCAUCCGACCUCAAUUUUUGCCUUUACAUGAAUUUAAGCUCAAGCAAACGCACGCAAAUGGAGAAGAGAGGCAUUGACUUGUACCACACAUAUAUGCUGCAGAACCUCUUGGAAUUGGGCCUUGAGGAACUGGCGAUCUCCAAGUCAGAGCUGCUGGAAUCCUAUGAAGAGUUUCGGUUAUUCGGAGUGGUCUACAGAGCGGUAGCUGCUACGGUCGUAAAGGUCCCCACCGACUUCGUAACCAACGAUUUUAAGUAUGUGGACCGCAGUAAGGUUAUCCUCUCUUACAUGAAAACAAGCCCAGAAUUCGCUGCCUAUAUGGAGGAGUGCUGUGUGGAUGUCAUGGAAAUGGCCUUGGCCAGGGCGAACAUGUGAGGAAGUCUCGUUAUACUGCUGAUACUGCUGAUAAGAAAGAGAGUUUCACUAGCUGUUCGCUAAGGUGAUAACACGUUAUUGUAAAAAAUAGGACAAAUAAAACCUGUCACCGAAUCUUAAAUACUCUUUUAUU